AUGGAGGUUGCUCCUGGGCUUGUGUACCGCAUGGAUUACUUGGAGAAGAAUAUUGACUGGCUUGAAGAAAAACUGAAGCCUCUUAUUGAAGAUCACUAUCUGUUAUUUGAUUUUCCGGGGCAAGUGGAACUUUUCUUCCUUCACUCAAAUGCAAGAAGUGUUAUUAAUAAACUCAUAAAAAAGAUGGACUUGAGGCUGACUGCUGUGCACCUUAUCGAUGGCCAUUUAUGCUGUGAUCCUGGAAAUAUUUAUUAUUCAUCUUAUUCAUUGGCAGCAUUCAACCUUGACUUGUACACUGAUGUCCAAGAUCUUUCUUAUUUGCAAUAUCAUCUUGAGCAGGAUCCUCGCUCAGCCAAGUACAGGAAACUGACUAAGGAGCUCUGCAAUGUGAUUGAUGAUUUUGGUUUAGUCAAUUUUUCAACUUUGGACAUCCAGGACAAGGAAAGUGUUGGCAAUCUUGUGAAGCUGAUUGACAAGAGCAACGGAUAUAUAUUUUCUACUAUUGACAGUAGUGCUGUUGAGUUAGCAAAAUUGCGGCGGCACCUCUUGAUUGGGACUACUACAGAUAUCCUUUACUGGUUCUUCUUUUAG